AUGUCAGUUAAAGUGUCGAAUUUAAUCAUUCAGAUCCUGUGUGAAGAGCAAGGCAGUUUGGCCUUUAAGAAGCUGCUAGAAAAACUAGAGCAGAAGUUUACUGUGGCGGAAUCAGUCCUUCAAAAUGUCCUGGUGGACGAAGACAGAAUAGCUCUUCAAAAAGGCGUCCUGGCCCUCCAGCCGGGUGAAGUACUGAGCCAAGAUACCGUGGUUGUGGCCAAAACUUCUUUACGGAUCUGCCAGAAGAAACCUGGCGAGUGUACACAGUGUGACAGUUUGCACCUGUGUAAGUUUUAUGUGCUGGGUACCUGCGUUUUUGGAAUCAAGUGCAAACAGCCACACUCAUUUGCUCAUCCACACAAUACGGAGCUGUUGAAGAGAUUUGAUCUCAUACACCUUUCAGAGAAACAGUUGUUCCAACUGUUACUACAGAAUGACCCCUACCUUCUUCCUGAUAUAUGCUCACACUACAAUCUAGGCGACGGAGCAAGCGGUUUGUGCGAGUUCAGCUCCAGGUGCCACAAGCUUCACGUCUGCAAGCCCUAUUUGACCACAGGAAAAUGUAAACAGGACAACUCGUCGUGUUCCAGAAUCCACAAUAUUGAUGGCAUGUCACACAAGAGUUUUGAAAGACUCAGUCUAGGGAUGAUCAUGAGACUUGCAAAAAUAUACAAAAAUAAAUGCAUCAUCACGGAUCGAAGGCCUGCUGCUGCUGCGGAUGCAAGAAAUUCCGCUGGCUUAAAGGGUGCAGCUAAACCAGUGAGUGAUUCUGAUAAGUUGGAGAUAUGCCUCUUCUCCCUGACAACAUCCUGUGCCUAUAAAGAAAAAUGUGUGCGUGUCCACUGGCAACUACCUUAUAGGUGGCAGGUUUUGGAAAGUUCUGGUUCCUGGAAAGACUUGAAUGGCAUGGAGGCCAUUGAGAAGGCCUAUUGUAACCCAGGAAAAGAGUCAAACAAGGAAGACCAGGAAUUAAGUACAGGGUUUCUUGCAAGAUUGAAGAAUUCUUACACCGUAGGUAGGCCUCAAACUGCCGGUAUACAAACGGUGGACUUCAUAGGGAUGACUUGUAACGGGUCUCCUGUACGCCGCCUGUCCACAGCCUCUUCUGUCACCAAGCCACCUCACUUUAUUCUGACAACACAGUGGCUCUGGUACUGGAAGGAUGAUGAUUGCAAAUGGCAUGAGUAUGGUCAGGACUUCCUUAACACUCUCAAUUCUGAAGAGUUGGAGAAAACGUACAUGGCAGACCAAAAGGCACAAACAUCUUUCUCUGCUGGCACACAACAGUAUGUGAUUCAUUUCAGUCCAGCAGGAACUCGGCCGAUGUAUCAGCAAAAUAUCAAAUAUCUUACCUGGCGGGAGGUCCGAAGGAGGCCUCGCUUUGUGUCCUCUUCUGAUGUGAAAGCCUUGCUAAAGAACUCCAAGUCUUCGGCAGAUGAAGUCCCCCCCCACUGGAACAAGAGUAUGCUACCCGACAUUGGAUACAAGCUUGUGCAAAUUCCCCAAUCUCCCGAGUACAACAGCAUCGAAAGUUUGUUCAAAGCAACAAUGCCACAGAGUAAGAUCCAAAGUAUCAAGAGGAUCCAGAACCCUUCUCUGUGGACUCGCUAUAAUUUGAAGAGAAAAGAAUUGAAGACGAGGAAUUCAGGGAUUCCUGCCUUGGAGCAGUACUUGUUCCACGGUACAAAUGAGAAUAUCACCCAAACCAUCUGUGAACAAAACUUUGACUGGAGGGUGAAUGGCGUCCAUGGCACCGCCUACGGCAAAGGAAGCUACUUUGCCAAACAGGCUUCUUACUCAAACCGCUAUGUCACAGCCACAGGUGCCAUCAAGAGCAUGUUCGUAGCUCUGGUUCUGAUCGGGGAAUACACCAAAGGACACAGCAGUUAUUGCCGGCCACCAGCCAAACCGUUGACCACAACCCUUUAUGAUAGCUGCGUUGAUAAUGAGGCAGCCCCCAAUAUUUUUGUCAUUUUUGAUAGUCAUCAGAUUUAUCCCGAGUACAUUAUUUACUACAGUGGCUAG